AGGGGAAAAAAUUAAACUAAUAACACAAAACAAAACACACCUGGUUUAGGGUUUCUUCCUUUUAAGAGUUUAGAGGUGUCAAAAUUCGACAGAAAGAUAAAAAACCGAACUUGAGAGCUCCGAGUCUGAGGUUUAAGAAUCAACAUACAGACCGAGAUUUUUAGGUCUCUUUUGCUGAUUAGCAAUCAAUAAUGGCGGACGGCAAAGCUGUUACAGUCAGGACAAGGAAGUUUAUGACUAACAGGCUUCUCGCAAGGAAGCAGUUUGUAAUCGACGUGCUGCACCCUGGCAGACCCAAUGUAUCUAAGGUUGAGCUCAAGGAUAAACUUGCAAAGUUGUAUGAAGUGAGAGAUCCGCAAACUAUAUUUGUGUUUGGGUUCAGGACCCAAUUUGGAGGUGGCAAAUCGACUGGAUUUGGCCUGAUUUACGACAGCCUCGAGAGUGCCAAGAAAUAUGAGCCAAAGUACAGGCUUAUCAGGAAUGGACUUGCUACUAAGGUGGAGAAGUCUAGGAAGCAAUUGAAAGAAAGGAAGAACAGAUCUAAGAAGAUCCGUGGAGUCAAGAAGACCAAGGCAGGAGAUGCAGCAAAGAAGAAGAAGUAAUGCAGCAGCUAGCAAUAUUAGGAGAAUUUUGAUACAUUUAUUCAGCCUUUGGGAUAUGAAGGCUCACGAUUCAAAACUUGUUGAGCGGGUUGUGAAGAAUUGAAAUGUUGAGGUUAAACAUACUAAUUGUUAUUGUAUUGCAAUGUAGGAGGGAUUUUCUAUGUGAAAUACAUUUUCUUUUUUUAGUUGA